AUGUUUGUCGCUCUUGAAACCAAGAACAAAGACAAAUUUGUUCUCGGUACCAUUUCUUGUCCUCCCCCUGAUGAUGUUCUUUAUGAAGCCUGGAAAAGAUGCAACAAGAUGUUGAUCUCAUGGCUAACGCGUUCCAUGACUCUUCCUAUCAAACAAUCUAUAAUGUGGAUGAAUUCUGUGCAUGAGAUUUGGGUCGAUCUUCUCCAACGUUUUUCUCAUGGUGAUAAGUUUCGCAUCGUUGAUCUUCAAGAAGAACUUCAAUCUUGUAAACAAGGUGAUUCUACUAUCUCUCAAUAUUAUACUCGUCUUCAAAUAAUUUGGAAAGAACUUUCUUUGUAUAAGACCAUUCUUCUCUGCACCUGCAAUUCUCCUUGCAAUUGUGGUUUAUUGACCAAGAUUCAACAAGAGCGCAACGAUGAUUCUGUCAUAAAGUUUCUUCGUGGGUUAAACGAUGAAUUUUCCCAAGUCCGUUCUCAGAUUAUGCUAAUGAAACCUAUGCCCGCUCUCCCUAAAACUUUUUCUUUGGUCCUUCAACAAGAACGAGAAUUUCAUAAUUCCUCCUCUCAAAUUCCACAAGAUUCCAUGGCCAAUCUCAAUUUCCAGGACCCUCAGAACAAGACUUCUAAUACUUCCCGUGGUGAGUCAUUUGGUGGUCGUGGACGAGGACACACCAGUAAAUUUGGUGGUCAUGCCAAAUACUGUGAUCACUGUCAAAGAACAAAUCACACCUCUGAUAAUUGCUGGAUCAAAUAUGGCCUUCCCCAAGCUUAUAAACCCAUCGUCAAACAUAAUUAUGCUCCCUCCAAUCCCUCUGCCAACCUGACUGAUGUUGUUUCACACACCUCCAAUGACUCCUCUAAUGAUAAAACCCAAGUUUAG